AUUGUCUUAGUGAGUCAUGAUGCAUCUUCUUUCUUUAUCAUUACAAAAAAUUAUAGGGUAAGAAAAUACCGUCCCAGUUCGACUCAGUCUAAAGCAGGGAAAACCUCCGAACUCACCCAGAUCUUCUCUUGUAAGUUUUUAUUUAUUUUUUUUCUUCAAAGAAAACACUCUCAACACUCAACAGCAAUUCUGGCUAAUCCUUGGUGGACCGGCCAUCAAGUGGGGUUGGGUGUAGGGGUAGACCCAGCAACCAAUUCACCUUCUUCCACCCUAAACAAACGCCAAAUGGACCUUUCCAUCAACGAAAGAAGCCUUGUUAGAGAAAGACAAGAGGAAGACGAAGAAGAUGAAAGAGACAACGGUGAUGAACCCAAAGAGGGUGCAGUUGAGGUUGGAACACGCAGGCCAAGAGGGAGACCCCCUGGUUCCAAAAACAAGCCCAAACCCCCAAUCUUUGUCACCAGGGACAGCCCAAACUCCCUCAGAAGCCAUGUCAUGGAGGUUGCUGGCGGUGCCGACGUUGCGGAAAGCGUGGCCCAGUUCGCACGGAGGCGCCAGCGUGGUGUGUGUGUCCUCAGUGGGAGCGGUGCCGUGGCCAACGUUACUCUUCGCCAACCUUCAGCGCCAGGAGCGGUCGUGGCACUUCAUGGAAGGUUUGAGAUUCUGUCCCUAACUGGGACGUUUCUACCUGGUCCUGCCCCACCAGGAGCUACAGGGCUCACUGUGUAUCUUGGUGGAGGACAGGGUCAGGUAGUGGGAGGGAGCGUUGUGGGCUCCCUUGUGGCAGCUGGACCAGUGAUGGUGAUUGCUGCCACUUUUGCUAAUGCUACCUAUGAGAGGUUGCCGCUUGAGGAGGAGGAAGAUGACGGUGGUGCUAGCGCACAUGGAGGGAGUACCCUGGGAGGGUCUCCUCCUGGAAUGGGUAACAGUGGUGGUAAUGGUGAUAAUAGUGGUGGCGGUCACUUGUCAAGUGGUGGGAUUCCUGAUCCUUCUUCUUUGGCUUUGUAUAAUCUCCCACCAAAUUUUAUCCCUAAUGGAGGCCACCAUGAGGCUUUUGCUUGGGCUCAUGGCCAUGGAAGACCACCUUACUGAAUUGAAACCAAGGUUUUAAAUUGCAGUUGUGAAAGAAUUUUUUUAUCACAACUUUAUUGUUGCACUCACAAUUGAUAUUGGAUAUAUUGUAAUUUAAAACCUUGGGUGAUAUAUAUAUAGAGAGAGAGAGACUUCAUGUAGAUCGUCAUGUGUGGCUGGUUUGAGAUCUAAUGGAAUUCUGUUGGUGUCUUUCUGGUUUGAAAUGUUAGGAAUUGGGGAAAAGAAUAUUGCAAAGAUUUUAGAAAGUUGGAGUAGUUAUGAAGAACUGUGGAGAUGAAGAAGGGAAGCAUGUUUUACUUAGCUCAGUGUAUAUGUAUAAGGGGUAAGAACUUUGAUUUCUGUGUCUUUUUCGUUUUGCUUCGUGUUUGGAAAAAGAAGGUGAUGAUGGGCGUAUUUUUAAUGGAUUAAUUUCUGAGUAAUUUUAACUGUCAUACAUUUUAAUUUAAUUUAUGAUUUCUAGUGUUUUUUUUAAUCCUUCAUAUAUUUUGUUGGUUGAAGUCA